CUUCCUCCUCUACUCCCCUUCCGUCGCCGUCCUGCUCAUCAUCUACCAAUCCUGGAGAGAAGAACGGGUGGAUUUGGAGCUCUUCGAGUUCCUGCAAGAAAACGACGGGUGGAUUUGGGUGCGAAAUUCCGGGUCAGAUCAUUUCCUGGUUCUCGCCCAACCCGCCUGGGACUUCUCCCAGCCUCCAGAUCUCGACCCGCUGAUUUGGGGGACUUCGUUUUUGGAACUCCCAGAAUUCUACAAUCUCACGGCGCUUGUCGUCGAAGAGAGGUUAUGGUCGUGGCAGGAGCAAGUCGUUCCCUAUCUGACAUCGUUUCACCCUCCAAAUGCCGAGCUCCUGGAUUUGUGGAUCAAUCGGGUCAAGGCCUCCAGGAGAAUGUUGUUCGCCGGCGGCGGAGGGGUGUCAGCGCAUCCCAAUAUACGGCGGAGCAU